AAAAAAAAGGUACCGUAAAAUGGGGCGAUUAGGGACAAAUUCCAACUUUAUGAGCAAUUUUAAGGUAGUUGUUGAUGUAUAUAAUGCUAUAUCAGGAUCAAAAUGAUUGAGUCUUGGGGGCAUCUUUGUUGUCUAAUUUCAAAUUAAGCAAGUAGCAUUCCAGUUUAAGCAAAAAAUGCAAAAAUAGGUGUAAUCCCUAUUUACCCGAAAAUUGCGGUUAAUUGGGACGAAAUGAGAAAUUUGCUAGGGUUGGCACUACUUUUAUUUUUAUAUAUAGUUUUAAUUAAUUUAUUUAUUUAGUUGCACCAACAGUGAAAAUUUAAAAACUGACAAAAGUACAUGGCAGACAUCACCUCAAUUAUAGGUGCAAUCGACAGUGCAGUUCAACAAAAUAUAUAUAUAUAUAUAUUUAUACAUAUAUAGCUUUCUUAGAAACGGUUUAUAUUUCUCCGUUCUUGGUAAGUACUUAGGGGCCGAUAUUUCUAUCUGGGUUAAGAGAUUAGGUGUGUCGGUUAUUCCAUGGAUUAAUCAGAUGAAUACCCCCACUCUGAACAAAUAUUAAAUAUUUUAUUAUGUAUUACUUAGACAUUUUUGUCCACCUUGAGAUUUCAUUGAUCUUGUUACAUGUCUCUGCAAAAUCGACUUACUUAUAUUAAAUUGCUUAUCUAUUUCAACUAAAGACUUAUUCCCAAUUUCGCUUCGAUAAACAAGAUUUUUACCAAUAAAUUUAAAAAAUAUUGUUAUAACUACAUAGACAACCCUACAAACCUGUACCUAUUUAUACUUAGGUCGUUUCUAUUUCACGUAUUCUCAUCCCAAUUGACCCCUUUUUCGUUGUUAUUUGUACCUAAGACGUCCCCAAUAUCCCCAAAAACAACAGAUUUUUACAUGUAUUUUUAUUUAAUCAAAUACAUUAAAACCAAUAACAACUGAGACUUACCUUUAAUAUAUAUGCUGGUUCAAACACUAAAUAACGUUUAUAAAUCAUAGUCGUCUUCUAUUAUUAUCAAAUAAAUAAAAGAGAGCAAAGUUUCUAGCACUAAAAUAAUUACCACCACAGGAAGUUAAUUUGAAACGCGAUUUUUUAUACGUUAGCAGCUAUUAUCAUGGAUAUUCAGAGUUGUUUUGUGAACUUUCAACAUUCUACUAUUAAACUACAAAAAAAUGGAAGAUUUUGCAACGAAUAUAAAACUUAUAUUGAGCGUCGAAAGAUUUUCCCGGUUUUUUCCCGAUUCGCCUUUCAAUCCCUAAUCGCCCCAUUUUACCGGUACCUAUUUGAUUCGUAAUCAGUUCUAAGUCUAAAUCAAUUUAAUGCUUUAACAACAUUAAAACAGUUCUUCAGAUGAAAAUCUAAAUAAAAUUACGGUUAUUAAAUUGUAAAAUUAAAUAAAUUACAAAUUAAAUUCGUUGUUGAUUUUAAGUUAAUUUUCCAACUGUGGAUACAAAUGAGUUUCUAUGUGCUGUGUAAUCUGUAUGUAUUCUCUAAUCUGUCGACCACUAUUUACCUACUGUCUUGCUUUUUGUGAUUGGUUUUAUUUAUCAUGUUUUGUUUAUAAGUUUAAUGAAAAAUCUCACAAAGAUCUUUCAAUAAUGCCUCAAAUCGUUCGAGACAUGUUUCAAAACGGCAUAGCUUAUGACGAGCCGGAUCGAAUGCCCGAUAAGAUUAACAUUCGGAAUCUGGACAUUAUUAUGUAUGUUGUAGCUAUUUUGGGUCAUUUUGUCGACUUAGGACUCGAUAUAAAUAUUGCUGUUAGAUAUUCGUUGGCUGGAAUGGUGACAGAGUUCGGCUGGACCCUCGCCUUUAUUCUUAUACCUGCUUUUGUGAAUACAGCGGUCUCGAUACGAAUGUAUGCCCAAGAUAAACAACAAGAUUCACUAACAAAUGAGCUGACAAGGAGAAAAUGGGUUCGAAUCUUCAUACUUGUUUUACAGAUGGCUCCGAUACUUAGAUUUGCUGAUGCUCUAAUUUAUGCUAUAAAAUCUCGACGAGCUGCAAGCAGGAAAGAUGUCGCAUCUCAAAAGUUAUACUUUGGUCUUAUGCUGAAAGAAGACUCUGAUGCAGCAUUGCUCCGGAUAUUUGAGUGUUUCCUGGAAGCCGCACCACAACAGGUGCUACAAACCAGUCUGCUGUUGAGAGCUCAAGAGGAAUUUGCUGUGCAUCAAAUCCUAUCGAUAGUUUCCUCAGUGGUGGGCAUGGGUUGGUGCCUGGCUGCGUACCAGCGAGCCAUACGGUUCGCUCAGAACGACAAGUCCAACAUGACUUGGUACGGGACUAUACUGCAAACGGUUUGGCACUUUCUCGUCACGUUGAGCCGCAUAUCGUCUCUGGCCGCGGUGGCUUACCUGUACCCCCACUGGACCGUCGUGGCGUGCUUGGUCCACGUGGCGGCCACGGCGACCCUGCUGCAGAUGUUUGACCGGUCAGACUUCUGCUCACAGAACAAACUGGCCGAGGUGUCCUUCUCCCUGGCCCUGGGAGCCGUCUACAUAUUCACGUACGUGCUCCCCGUGGAAGGGAGGACCAGACACAGAUACGCUGUAUACUACGUCGUAUGCUUCAUCCAGAAUAUAAUAUGUGCGUCGAUAUGGUGUUACUAUUCAGAGGACGAAUUAAAACAAUCCGUGUAUUUCGUACCGAUUCUGGUGUUGUGUAUCUUGCCAUUUAUUAUUGGCAUAAGUGUAAUGGUGGUGUAUUAUGCAUUCUUUCAUCCAAAACUAGGAAGGAAUAAAGAUGAUUCAGCUGUUUCUUUUAAAGUCGUCGACCAGGUUGCUGAGUUUAGCUAGUGCCCGAUUUAAGUGUUGGAAUAAAAUUUCAGUGGCCAUAUUGAAAAUGAUUACAAAACAUUUCCAUAGAUCUGGUUUUGAUUAAAAAUCUCAAUAUCUUUAUCGUCUUGAGAUCUGAGUUUCCGAUUCAGGUUUAUUUAAAAUACAAUUAAACUGUUUAAUUGUUAUAAAAAUAAUAUAAUGAAUUAAAUUUUUAAUAGGAAUCCAAAUUAAUAAUAAAAUAAAUAAAUAUUUACUAAGAAUCACGCCACGUUAACUGGUCCCGUGAUAAGUUCGUAAAGAACUUGUGUUACAGGUACCAGAUAACGGAAAUAAAUGUAAUAUUUUUAUUAUACACAUACAUAUAUUUAAUGUACAUCCAUAACCCUGGAAAAGACAUUUUUAUAUUUAUCAUACAAAUAUCCUCCCUUGGCGGGAUUCAAACCCGCGACCCCCUUGUGUAGUGACCAAGUCACUUGCCACUACACCAGACGGCCGUUAAAAAUUACAUAUUAAGAUUUUUAAUAUGCAUAUCGAUUAAUUCAUACUUGUAAUUUGGUGCAGUUAGUUAUAGUAUUGGAAUUCAGAUAAUAAUAAUUAAAAUGUUGAUAAAAGGAGAAAGUGUCAUUAUCUGAUCAAAGCGAAUGAUGCGUUCAUUGGAAAUUAUGUUAAAAUUUAUCUAUUAUUACAAGUCUACAAACUUAACAUAUGAAACCAACGAAGGGUACAUAAGGUUACAUAUUGACUAAAUAUGUAGUUCUUUUGUAAGUAAAUAAUAAAAUAUGGGAGAUUGAAGUAAAACUCUUCAAAAACCCACAGUGCUCGUCUGAUUUUUAUAUAAAGUGCAAUAUACUUGUGCCCAAGUGAGCAAGUUGGGCAUCAUGCACAACAAUGAUUUAUUUUAAGGUCAUUCACAAAAAUAGAAAGUGUAAUGUUACAAUAAUAUCUUUAUUAAUGCUGUCACAUUUAUAUAAGACCUGCAGUUUAAUUCAGUUACUUAUAAUAAAUAUUCUUUGUGUCCGAUAUAUAUUGCCUAAUAUGGUAUUGAAUAACUUCAUUGUCUCUAAACAAGUAAUUAUUGUGUAUACAGUAAUAUUUCAAUGCAUUUCGUGAAUCUUAGAGAAGGCUCUUUCUGAAUUAAGUUUUGUAUUAAGAAUUGUAUUUUUUUAGUUAGUUACUUACUUACUUACUUAGUCGUUUGAUUAAAAUCCAAUACAUUUUAUGGGGGUAGUAGCGGUUAUUUUUAUUUUAUUAUGUAAAAUUGCAACGGUUUUUAGAAUUCAAUUCAAUAAUAGAUCUCAAAAUACAUAUUAUUAUAAAUAACGCAAGAAACAAAAACAUUGUAUUGUGACUUCGAAGAAGCUUUAAACGUAGGUAUAGGUACUUAUAAGAAUAUUUUACGUACGUGAUGAGACGUAUCCACUCUUUAUAAGAUUCGCUGUUGUAAUGUAAGGUGCCAAAAAGAUAUUGCAUUUAUUGUGAAGGCACAAAGUUAAAAUAAUCGAUAUAUACAAAAAUGAAUCUCUGUUUUCAGUGUUCAAAUCACUUACCUACCAUGAAAAAAAAUGUGUUAAAAAGGCGAUUACAGAAUUAUGACAUUACGAUCUGCAAGAACUUGUCAACCUCUCGAAAUAACUAGGCGUUAAGAUGCAUAUUAGUAUUAAUAAUAUAAAAGACUGUGAUUCAAUUUAAUGAAUGAAAUGUAUAUUUUUGUAACAAUUUAUAUUUCGCUGAGCGAAGAUAUUGUCUCUAAUUAAUACUAAGUUUUAAUAAUUAAAAUACUCGAGGUUGCGAUUGAAUUGAUCCAACGUGUGAACGGUGUGCUUAGUGCGAGUUUUCUAACGUUGACGAUAGCGUGAAAGUUAGCUCAUAUUUGAGUCGUCUAUUAUCAAAGGUGGCAAUCUGUGCAUUUGGACAAAAAAAAUUUAUUUAUAUUUCAAUACAGAUUGAUUUGAAUAUAAUCGUCUCCUUCAAAGAAUACGGUUCAAAACCUGCAUUAAAUAAAGGUUAAUACUUAACCUGUUAUUUAUCUAAGAUGUCGUUCAGAAGAGUUUUGUGACUGCCAAUGGAAUCCAAAGUCAAUAAUUCGUUUUUCUGAUUUACCAAUAAUUAUCCAAAAGUCACAUUGCCGGCUUUGAUAAUAGUCGACUCAUUUGUAUGGAAUGGGAUCGUUUGCGUACGUUUGCCGCUAGGGGCGCUGUUCCAACUGCAUACGAAAUUGGGUUAACUUUUACGCUAUCGAGAACGUUAAAAAACACGCACUAAGCACACCGAUUGUUCUGAAUGCGAAUACAAACUCUAUCCAUUUUUUUUUAUCAAAAUGUAUUUUUGUACUUCACGAAUAAUGGUGGAUAUAAAUGGAUGGUAUUUUUACAUUUUUGUACUUGCCAAAUAUUUGUAAAUAAAACAUUUUUAUGCA